CACUUUUGAUGUGGUUGUUGUCGGCGGUGGAAUUGUGGGGCUUGCGUCUGCCAGAGAGCUCAUUCUGCGACACCCAUCGCUCACGUUCAGUGUGCUGGAAAAGGAGAAGGAGUUAGCCUGCCACCAGAGUGGACAUAACAGUGGUGUCAUUCAUAGUGGCAUUUACUACACACCUGGAUCUCUGAAAGCUAAAUUGUGCGUGCAGGGUGCGGCCCUCUGCUAUGAAUACUGUGACCGAAAGGGAAUUCCAUACAAACAAUGUGGCAAGCUAAUAGUGGCUGUCGAACAAGAAGAAAUUCCAAGACUCAAAGCACUGUAUGAGAGAGGGCUGCUGAACAACGUCAGAGAUCUGAAACUGAUAAGUGCAAAAGAAAUACAAGCAAAGGAGCCCUUUUGCAGGGGUGUGAUGGCCCUUGAUUCCCCAUACACUGGCAUUGUGAAUUAUAGACAAGUGGCCCAGUCCUAUGCAGAAGAUUUCCAGGAAGCGGGUGGUGCAGUCUUGACAGAUUUUGAAGUAACAGACAUGGAGAUGGCUAAAGAAAGUCCUUCAGAAAGUGAAGACGGGAUGAAAUAUCCAGUUGUUGUUAGAAACUCUAAGGGAGAGGAAAUCCGCUGUCAACAUAUCGUGACCUGUGCAGGACUCUACUCAGACCGCCUCUCCGAAGUCAGUGGAUGCAGCCGUGAGCCUCGCAUUGUGCCCUUCCGUGGAGACUACUUGGUGUUAAAGCCAGAAAAAUGCUAUAUGGUUAAAGGAAACAUUUAUCCAGUUCCUGAUCCUCGGUUUCCCUUUCUGGGAGUUCAUUUCACACCGAGGAUGGACGGCAGUGUUUGGCUUGGUCCUAAUGCAGUGCUAGCCUUUAAGCGAGAGGGUUAUAAACUCUAUGACUUCAGUGCCAGAGACUUUAUAGAUGCAGUUGUAUACAGUGGUUUAUGGAAACUGGUGUUCAGAAACAUCUCUUACGGAAUGAGUGAAAUCUACAGAGCAUGUUUCCUUAGUGCACAGGUGAAGCAACUUCAGAAGUUCAUCCCUGAAGUUACCAUCAGCGAUAUACUCAGGGGUCCAUCUGGAGUAAGAGCCCAGGCCUUGGACCAGGAUGGAAAUUUGGUAGAUGACUUUGUAUUUGAUGGAGGCACUGGCGAUCUUGGAAGCAGAGUUCUUCAUGUCAGAAAUGCCCCAUCUCCUGCCGCUACCUCCUCCCUUGCCAUUGCAAAAAUGAUUGCAGAUGAAGUGGAGCGAAGAUUUGGCUUGUGAAAUGAACCGGCACCACACUGGUUGUAUCCACUCUUGGUUAGCUGUGUGACUGCACUGAAUGAAGUCUGCAGUUUGUCAGAGUGAAGAGAAAUUGGAAGUCGUCUUGUUCGGCAAAUGAACACUGUCAUUUAGGCUGUAGAAUACAAAACUGACAAUUCAGUUGUUUGCCUCCAUAAGCCUUUACUUCUCUACUUAAUAAACAUAGCAGAUGCAAGAUCAGAUAAGUCCUGGGGGAAUGGAGGGCAUCCCCAAAAUACUGUAUUAAUGGGGGGACAGGAAUCAGUGAGUGCCCAGCUGGAAGAGAGAAAAGAGCCACCUUCAACUGCAGAGGCAGUGACAUCUCCUUCCUCACCAAAGAGCUGCCUCUCUGCGCAUGGUGCUAGCACUAACUGCGGCUCUAUGGUCACUAGGGGGCUGUAGGAGGAACCGAAAGAGUCAUUGCCAAAUGGGCUGCCCGCACUCUGAUUUCCCAUGUUCUCUGGUUUAAACAGGACCUCUCGGCAUCUUCACUGCAGCAAGGUGGCCCCUUGAGGCAUCAUGGCCCGGGAGAGGCUGUGAUGGUCCCUCCCUCUUUCAAGAGUUUGGGGAAUUCACCUCCCCCCUAAUGAACAAAAUGAGAAAAACUAGUGAACGCCCUUUAAGGAAUCUGGAAUAUGGAAGUACUGUAAACAAUCCUUUGCUAUUGCAUCAUUGGGGAACUGCUGCAAAUGUUAUUUGACAUUCAGAACUUUCUCCCUUAAAAGAUGAUUUCAUAGAAUACCAGGGUUGGAAGCGACCUCAGGAGGUCAUCUAGUCAAACCCCCUGCUCAAAGUAGGGCCCAUCCCCAAACAGAUUUUUGCUCCAGAUCCCUGAAUGACCCCCCUCAAGGACUGAGCUCAGAACCUUGGGUUUAGCAGGCUAAUGCUCAAACCACUGAGCUACCCCUCCCCUGUAUGCAGGGUAUCUGAGAUAGGCCCAAGCCCAACAAUUGGUUUUAUAUUUCCUUUGGAUGUCUUACUUGGUUUACAUCUGCACACAGUCAUUCAUGGUCCAGAUGAGCUAGACAAGCACUGUCUGCCUCCAGAGAUCAGAGAUAGAUCCAUAAAAGCCAUUUUUAUAAAAACAAAACGGGGGGGUCAGUGAAGAGCAAAUAAUUAUUCUUAAAGACAGAUGAUGCACAAUGAGCUUGCUUUUGUGCCGCAUAUUGAGCAAUCGGAUGAAAAUCUACUUCGUAAAAACGAUGUGAAAGGGAGGAAUUUACAGAAACCUGUCUUUAGUUGAGUCAUUUUAUACACUGCUUUCACUUUGAGUCCAAAUCGCAGUGAGUCAUGAAAGUUUCCCACUUUCAAUCAUCUGGCGGUAGGAGGGGACCUUCGAGAGUACUGAUUGGUAUCACUGAAAGACACACUUGUGAACUUUGUAUUUCCUCUGACAUUUGCUGCUUCAAACACUAUGAAAUGUUUUCAGAAGUGUGCCUGGAAGUGAAACUGUUCCCUGGAAUGCGGAGAAUGUUCAUUAAAAUCUGGGGACUUAAAACAACCUCUUUCCUAACUGAACUAUGAAUGUCUUAGUAUGUACAGCAUAAUUACUACAAAAAAGAUAAUUGUAUGGCCCCAGGGACGUAAUGCUGCAAAGUACACUUUAAAAGCAUGUGUGCAUGAGAUGUUGGGAAAUGGAGAUAAUUAAGGGUGGUUAGCUACCAGACAAUUUGGCCCUUCUUUUUUUUUUAAAGAUUACCUUCUAGAUUUCUGUUAUAUAGGUACAUUGCAUUAUGUUAGCACAGGAGUUCAGGUACAUAAACAGAUUCUACAUCUCUGGUAUACUUGAGAACUCCCAGUAAACUUAAUAUGUCAAUUUAUAAACCCAAAUAAUUAGCCUCUUGAAGAGAAAUCUUUAUGCACAUUAUUUUUAACCCAAAUAAAGCUAGAAUGGGAUUCCAGCUGCUUCAACUACCAACACAGUAUAGUUGAGCAAGAAUCAGAGCUGCACAACUAAAAUAGGUCCUCUCACCAAGUGUUGCCUAUCAACAGUAAAUACAAGAAGAUUGCGAAGUAACUUCCUCCUACAUGAGGUGUGGCUCUAACAUGUAUUAACAGAAUAAAGCAUGUUAAAAAGUAAACCAGUCAUGCACUUUGAUUCUUAAAUCAGGGAGUUUAAAUGUACAGCCUGAUCGUUUUAUAAGGAAUUCUCUCUUAAUUAAAUUUCAGUGAGAUAACUGGGCUAAAGCUUAUUAGAUGCUUUUUUAGUUCUGAAUCUUUUAUCAAAUUAUGUAAAAGUCUUUAUUUCUGCUGAGAGUUGUAAACAACUUUUUUUUUAAAAGGAAACAUUUUAAAAUUCUGUAAAUUGCUACAAUAGCGGUGUUAGCACGUAAGUGAAGCUUUGUCCAAGAAGUGUGAAAAGAAUAAAAUGUCCAGUUCACUUGUAUUGUUCCAA